CGAGAGAGGCGCGCGCACGGCACGGCGGUCAGUGGGAGCCGGCAGUGAGAAGGUGAAGGUGGACUCGACUGAGCUGAUGUGUUUCUAAUACUCAUCAUUUCUCCUCUGGACAAAAAAAAAAACACAAAAUAUCCAGGAAAUUAGUCUAAUUUUUUUAUCUUUCCUUUUGUAAUUUGGCGGUGUUUGGCCGGUGUUGACAUACAUGGACUGGAAGCAGCGUUGCGAAGAGUGAGGAGCAUCAUUUGCCUUCAACGGAUAUUCCCUCUUAAUGACACAAUAUGGAUACAAUAUUCUGAGGGAUAUUGUCGCCUGCUAUAUGGGAUUCGUUUUCGACGAAACUGCCUUGUUUUGGAGAAGAGCACCUUGGGCAUGAUGAGUUCCAGUGAGUACCACCGUGGCUCUACAGGAGAUGAGCGAAGCGCUGGGCCAAUUCGUUGUCAACGAUGUCGGGAAGUGUGCAAGGGAGAGGUGGUUCGGGUUCAAGAUACUCACUUUCAUGUCAAGUGUUUCACCUGCACAGUAUGUAACUGUGAUCUGGCAAGGUCAGGCUUCUUCCAGAAAAAGGGCGAGUACAUCUGCACAGCGGACUACCAGCGUCUGUACGGGACACGGUGCAACUGUUGUGGCAACUUCAUCACAGGCGAGGUGGUCUCGGCUCUGGGACGGACUUACCACCCAAAGUGCUUUGUCUGCAGCGUCUGCAGUAAACCCUUUCCCAUCGGAGACAGAGUGACAUUCAGUGGAAAGGACUGUGUGUGCCAGCAGUGCUCUCACUCACUCACUAAGCCAAAUGAACCUAUCAAAAUCCACGGGCCCAGCCACUGUGCCGGAUGCAGAGCAGAGAUCAAGCAAGGUCAAUCUCUCCUGGCGCUGGAGAAGCAGUGGCACGUCAGUUGCUUCAGGUGUCAAACAUGCAACAUGGUCCUCACCGGAGAAUACAUCAGCAAGGACGGAGUACCCUACUGUGAGGCAGACUACCAUGCCCAGUAUGGGGUGAAAUGUGAGGCCUGCUGCAGAUACAUAAGUGGAAGGGUUCUGGAGGCUGGAGGAAAGCACUACCAUCCAACCUGUGCCCGCUGUGUCCGCUGUAACAUGAUGUUUAAAGAGGGAGAAGAAAUGUACCUGACAGGAUGUGAGGUGUGGCACCCAUUAUGCAAACAGGCAGCAAGAGCAGAGAGGAGACUAAGGCAUAGACGCCUGUCAGAAACCUCCAUCUCUCCCCCAGGCUCCUCCAUUGGUUCCCCCAAUAGGGUUAUAUGUGCCAGAUUGGAGCAUGAGUUCCUAGAUUAUAAGGACCUAGCUGCCCUACCAAAGAUCAAGGCCAUUUAUGCGGUCCAGCAGCCAGACCUCAUAUCCUCCUCAUACCAGCCCUACUACAGAUACACCUCUGAUGACAGGCUAGACACUUACAUCUAUGGGGAGUCUCUUGGGACACUCUCUCCCUAUUCUCAGGACUAUGACUGCUUGGACAUAAAGCAGAGACGAUGCUCCAGUCCAAGUUAUAUUGACUCCCCAACCUACAGUCGUCAAGGGACGUCACCUAUCAUGCCACGCUCUCCGCAGCACUUUGCGUACCCCGGUUCCGAGAGCGGUAGAAGCUCACCUUAUUAUGGCCAAGAGGGGCGGUCCAGCACGCCGACCACCAACCAGCCCCCAAAACAUUUCCAUGUACCAGCCACAGGGGAGCCCAACAUCUACAGGAAGCCUCCCAUCUAUAAGAGAACGGCCACCAAAAGUAGGACCAGUGAGGACAUCCUGAGGUCUUCCAGACUGUCCACCUACUCUCCUGAGCCAUACACCCAAUCUGAGUGUGACUACUACCCGUACCCCAGCUCCCCCAGGGCCUAUCGAGUGCCGAGGAGACGGUUCUCAACAGGGGGAGAUGAAGAGAGUUGGAGUCACGGUCUUCAAAGAAUUGGGAGUGGCAUAGGAAGGAUGAUCUUAAAGGAGGAGAUGAAAGCCAGAUCUGGUUCCUAUGACAACGACCCCUGGGGUAGUGCGAGGAAUUCUCGUAGUGGGAGCAAGGAAACCCUCAACACGACAAGCUACAGCUCCACAACCUACAACAACACCAUCAACGGAUCACCACGAUCCCAAUACAGCACUGACAGUGAUUGUGUUUGCAAGUCUGCCUCACUUCCAGGAUAUAGACGCAAUGGCAUGCAACGACCUCAGAGUGCAGACUGCUACCAGUACCAAUAUGACAGCAAUGAGGUCAACUGGGCAACCAGAGCAGAACACAAGGUUUACCCCUAUGAAGCGCUCAUUGUCACCACCAGAGGUCGGAACAGGCUCCCGAAAGAUGUGGAGAGAGCCAGACUGGAGCGUCACCUUUCCCCAGAAGAGUUUGGCCAAGUGUUCGGCAUGACCAUCGAGGAUUUCGACAGGCUGGCUCUAUGGAAGAGGAACGAGCUCAAAAAACAGGCCAGGCUCUUCUAACGUGUGGACUUAAAACACUGCCAUACAUCCAGAGAGAAUAUUUCUGCACCGUUUCACUGCCAUGGCUGAGAACCUGUUCUUGAUCUCCUCAUGCAAUGAACCAAAAUGUGGGCACACCAGCACAGACUUGCGGGGGAUACGUAGACAUGUAUGCACAGACAGAGAAAAAAAAAGACGUGUGUUCAUGUGCUGGAGUGGUGUGAAAGCAAUACAGACUCGUAGGUGUAGACACCAUGUUGUGCAUUUCUUUAUUAUGAAGGACUUUUGAGGGCACUUGUGCACCCUGAAAACGUGAUGCUUUUAAUAGAAACUUUGGCUUUGCCUUAAUUGUUAUGCUUUCUAAGUUUUAUGAGUAUGCAACACCAGCAAUCUCAAUAAGUAGAAUGUAGUCACAGUGCAUAAUUUAUGUCACUUUAUCAGUGUGAAUGAUUAAAUGACCAGCGCGUAUGAAGGCUAAAAUAGUAUCCGUUCAUUUUCACUAUUUAAUUCUUCCCCCUGAUUGUGCACUCACCUUUUAAUACUAAAUGUAAUUUGACCUAACCUUGCAAACCAAAUACACAGAUUAACAGUACACAUACAUUUGAUGUCACAAUAUUCAAUAUGAAUACAUUAAAGGCCUACUGAAAUGAGAUUUUCUUAUUCAAACGGGGAUAGCAGGUCCAUUCUAUGUGUCAUACUUGAUCAUUUUGCGAUAUUGCCAUAUUUUUGCUGAAAGGAUUUAGUAGAGAACAUCCACGAUAAAGUUCGCAACUUUUGGCCGCUAAUAAAAAAGCCUUGCCUUUACCGAAAGUAGCAGAUGAUGUGCGCGUGACGUCACGGGUUGUGGAGCUCCUCACAUCCUCACAUUGUUUACAAUCAUGGCCACCAGCAGCGAGAGCGAUUCAGACCGAUAAAGUGACGAUUUCCCCAUUAACUUGAGCGAGGAUGAAAGAUUCGUGGAUGAGGAUAGUGAGAGUGAAGGACUAUCCAUCCAUCUUCUUCCGCUUAUCCGACGUCGGGUCGCGGGGGCAGCAGCCUAAGCAGGGAAGCCCAGACUUUCCUCUCCCCAGCCACUUCAUUCAGCUCUUCCCGGGUGAUCCCGAGGCACUCCCAGGCCAGCCGGGAGACAUAGUCUUCCCAACGUGUCCUGGGUCUUCCCUGGAUGUGCCCUAAACACCUCCCUCGGGAGGUGUUCAGGUGGCAUCUUGACCAGAUGCCCGAACCACCUCAUUUGGCUCCUCUCGAUGCGGAGGAGCAGCGGCUUUACUUUGAGCUCCUCCCAGAUGGCAGAGCUUCUCACCCUAUCUCUAAGGGAGGAAACUCGUUUCGGCCGCUUGUACCCGUGAUCUUAUCCUUUCGGUCAUAACCCAAAGCUCAUGACCAUAGGUGAGGAUGGGAAUGUAGAUCGACCGGUAAAUUGAGAGCUUUGCCUUCCGGCUCAGCUCCUUCUUCACCACAACGGAUCAAUACAACGUCCGCAUUACUGAAGACCCCGCACUGAUCCGCCUGUGGAUCUCACGAUCCACUCUUCCCUCACUCGUGAACAAGACUCCUAGGUACUUGAACUCCUCCACUUGGGGCAGGGUCUCCUCCCCAACCCGGAGAUGGCACUCCACCCUUUUCCGGGACAGAACCAUGGACUCGGACUUGGAGGUACUGAAUCUCAUUCCGGUCGCUUCACACUCGGCUGCGAACCGAUCCAGUGAGAGCUGAAGAUCCCGGCCAGAUGAAGCCAUCGGGACCACAUCAUCGGCAAAAAUCAGAGACCUAAUCCCACGGCCACCAAACCGGAACCCCUCAGCACUUUGACUGCGCCAAGAAAUUUUGUCCAUAAACGUUAUGAACAGAAUCGGUGACAAAGGGCAGCCUUGGCAGAGUCCAACCCUCACUGGAAACGUGUCCGACUUACUGCCGGCAAUGCGGACCAACCUCUGACACUGAUCCAGGGAAGGACUAGAAAAAAAAAAAAAGACAGGGCAGUGGGAGCGAUUCAGAUGUUAUUAGACACAUUUACUAGGAUAAUUCUGGAAAAUCCCUUAUCUGCUUAUUGUGUUACUAGUGUUUUAGUGACAUUAUAUAGUCGUACCUGAAAGUCAGAGGGGUGUGGCCACAGGUGUGUGUCUCUGAGGUAAGCCACGUUUCUCGACGAGGCGAAGCGAAGGCAGUCCGUCGGGCCGGGCUGAGCUUUUUUUCCCCACUCCUCCACGGUGGAAGCAUCCCACGUUCGGGGGCGGCCGGUCGGAGGAGGCAAGAGAGUCCGCAGCUGCCUCUUUGACAGGUGCACGAGGAACAACAGCAAGCUCCGCUCAUGUCUACAGUAAGAGCCGACUUAUUACCACAAUUUUCUCACCGAAUCCUGCCGGUUGACACGUGGUAGAGAACCAUGUUCGCUUGACCAAAGCAUCAUCUUCGGGAAUGUAAACAAGGAAACACCGGCUGUGUUUGUGUUGCUACAGGCGGCCGCAAUACACCGCUUCCCACCUACAUCUUUCUUCUUUGACGUCUCCAAUAUUAAUUGAACAAAUUGCAAAAGAUUCAGCAACACAGAUGUCCAGAAUAUUGUCUAAUUAUGCGAUUAAAGCAGACGACUUAUAGCUGGGAUCAGGAUGGAACAAAAUGUUCGCUACAAUCCGUGACGUCACGCGCACGUGUCAUCAUACCGCGACGUUUUCAACAGGAUACUUCGCGCGAAAUUUAAAAUUGCAAUUUAGUAAACUAAAAAGGCCGUAUUGGCAUGUGUUGCAAUGUUAAUAUUUCAUCAUUGAUAUAUAAACUAUCAGACUGCGUGGUGGGUAGUAGUGGGUUUCAGUAGGCCUUUAACUGUGUGUUGACUUUUGAGAACGUGCAAUACAUAUUGAAAACAAUGUUUGUUUGUUUUUAUUUUAUUGCAAUAAGAUGGUUUAUGUAUACAUUAGUCUAAUCAUAAUUUUGUAGCUUCAAGGGUUACGAUUGAUAACACGGAAAUGCUUUCAAGGAAUUUCACGUCGCUAAAGAACCAGGGUUGACGAAUUGCUUCUUUUCAGUACUUUUUUGGAUUUUGUCACUAAAAUUAAAGUUAUGAUUACAUUC